AUGCGUAGUAGGCGUGGCCUCGGUCCAUAUGAAAGCGUCGUUCAUAGUGCGCGAGCGUAUGUGUGCAUCGUUGUACGCGAGCGUGCUCGCGUGCGAUCCCCCCAAAGUAAAAAAGUGCCAAUUAAUAAUAGCGAUUAUGAAGGUACUAGUGGUAAGUUACCAGUCGUAUGGACUAGCACUGGACCGGUGCGGAAUCUGAGAGCAUCAGUGUGUUCUUGUCGUUGGCUUGUUAUUUCGCCACAUAUGUCAGUUUUUAUUCGUCAAAUUCACGUGUUCAUCACAUACGAUAUUCCCCGGGGAACCGUGGCCCCGUCGGGAACCCCGUUCCCUGUCCACUGGGAUUCAUCUCCUCCACCACUAUACUUCCCGACCUUUUGCCGG